UUGUUGUUUAUGCUAUCUUAAGUGCGAAACAGUAUUUAAUAACAAUGGUGCAGUGCAGAAAGUGCAAAUUAUUCGUGUCUACGGCAAAGGACGACACAGUUAAGUGCAAAACCUGUGAUGCUACCCUUCACAAAAAAUGCACGAAGAAGGAGAUGUGCGAGGAGUGUCUUCGGAAAGACUCUGGCAGCCCCGCUGGGUCCAGGAAUGACGGAAACAAGGGAAAAAUAGAAUUUAAACCGGGAGAAACUUCACUGGAAGCUGUGAUCAAGGAAGUAAACAGCAAGCUGGAUGCGAUAUAUAGUGUAGAAAAAAAGAUGGACGAAUUAAAAGGUACAGUAGACUUCUACUCUGCGCAGUACCAGACACUGAUAGAACAUAAGGAAGCAACAGACAAGAAAAUGAAAGCGCUUGAACAAAAAAAUACCUACCUUGAAAAGUGUAAUAAGGCCCUAGAAGAAAGGAUCAUGGACUUAGAACAGCAAAAAAAGGAGAAAAACGUGGAAAUAAUAGGGUUAGAAAAAAAAGUGGGGGAAAAUACAACAGAAAUAGUAAAAGAAGUAGCCAAAAAAUUGAAUUUAAACCCUGACGACAUAAAAUACGCAAAGAGGGUCGGCCGAGAAAAGGCGGGCGAAGCCAAGCCGCAGCCGAUUGUCGUCAAGCUGAAGUGCAGGACCACACGCGACAAGUGGCUCCAAGCUAGAAAGACCCCGGUCAGUAACAGCCACAUAUAUGCGAACGGAAGCCAAAAGCCUAUUUAUAUUAAUGAGGACCUCCCAAAUUUUAAGCGUCAGUUGUUUUGGUCGGCUAAAACGCAGCUUCGAGAUAUUUGCAGAUAUGUAUGGAUACAGAACUCAAAUAUAUUAGCCAGGAAAGAAAACGACGCAAAAAUCUAUAGAAUCAGAUGUGAAAAAGAUAUCGUAAACAUUCCAGCCUAGUCACUAAGCAAUUAGCUGUGUGAACACACUACUUGAUUUCCUUUAUUAACAAAAUUCAACACUUUUCCAGAUAUUGACUCUGAAGUGGAUUUUUCACGCCACAAGAAUAUACAAGAAUGGAAUACAUCUUACAAAACCAAAAAAAAUCAAAUUAAAAUUUUGCACCUAAACAUAAGGUCGCUGCGUAAGCACUUUAAUGAGUUAUUAGUUUUAAUAAAUCAGUGUAAAUAUCAAAUCGAUAUCAUUAUUCUAUCAGAAGUUAACAUAAGGGAAGAUGAAAUUUCAUGUUACAUGAUAAAAGGAUACUGCACCUACUCAAAGACAAGACCAAGUGGAAGAGGAGGGGGUAUAAUAAUAUAUGCUAAAAAUCAAAUUAAUUUUACUUUAGAAGAAGUAAAUUAUCCCUGUAUGGAGUCACUAUAUGGAGUCAUACGACUAGAGACCAGGAAAAUUUACCUUUUGUCUAUUUACAGACCACCCCAUAAAAACAAAAAUUUAUUUAUACAACAAUUGGAACUAUGUAUUCAACGCGUACCAAGCUGUGAAAAUUUGAUAAUUAUAGGAGACAUGAACAUAGACUUAUCUAGAGAAAAUAUGAAUUCAACUAUUAUUAGCUACAAAAACACCUUGUGUGGAUAUGGCCUGCAGUGCGGCAUACCUAGCGCGGAGAUAACGCGGGCGGCUAUUGUGAACGGGUGCCUGGAGACAUCGUGCAUAGACCAUGUGUGGGUGCGAGCGAGACGGCAACACGUGUACGAUGCGCCUGCGACUGCGAGUGUGAUAGAGUGCGGUAUAUCGGAUCACCAUAUGAUCGGAAUAAGUUUGGAUCUUGACCGUGAGCAUUGUGAAGGUACAUUGCAAAAAGGUACGCGAUUUGUUUUAGAGGAUAAACUCGUCAACAAUAAAUUAGAUAACUUCGAUUGGUCACAAUUACUACUCAUAGAUUGCCCUCUGUUGUUAUAUAACAAACUAUGUAAUGUGUUUAAAUCGAUUUAUAGUGAAUGUAAGGUUGAAAAAAAUGUUAAAACAAAUAGGAUUACUCAACCAUGGAUAAAUAAAAGGUUAUUUGCUAUG